AUGAAACGUCUUUUAAGUCUAUGGCUGGACAAAGAAUAUCGUUCAGAAGACUGGUCAUUGUAUGACAAAAUAGGUGAUAUUGCUUCAUAUUUAUCAUCCUACAAGUAUCCAUCAACAACUUCCAGAAUACCAAGAACAAUAUUACAACACAGUAAAUUUAAAGGCAAUGAAUUCCGUUUAAUACUUUUCUUUGGAUUACCGGCAUUUCGAU